UGCUCCGUACUGUUCCGAACCAUUUCCGUGCAGUCCAUUUACACGCUGUUGUACACUCCUGUUGAUAGAUUUUAUCGUUUCAUAGGUGAAAACGGACGUGUGGUGGCGCGCGGAAUGCGAAUCAUUCCCAAAGAGUGUAAUGUGACGAGAGAGAGCAAACGUGAAACAGCAGAAAAGCCGGCUGGGUGGAAAAACUAGUUCCUCAAUUUGCAGGAAAAUCCUUUGAACAUUUGAACGCGACGCAAUGGUGACACAUGGUGCUCCAAAGAUUUUCACCCCAACAGCAACAGUAGGCUGCACGUUCCAGGUGGAAGAAAAGUGUUUGCUUUGGCUAUGAAACCAGCGCAAAGUGUGAGUUUUUCACGAAAACCAAUACGGGGGCGUGUGGUUAGCAGUUGGCUGUGGUCAACGUUGACAUAGGCGUUGGAACGACAGUGUCAGUCGAUAGCACACACGAAACAGGGUAGAAAAUUUGCUUUUCCAUUUGUGUGCCCCACACGGUACAAAUUGUUUUCAUCGUCGGUUGUGCUGCUUGGGUGCUUCUGCGGACACUGGGUGAGAUAAAACAGGUAUGCGAAAACAGUAUGAAACCAGCUCAGUGUCGCCAUUCAUCCGCAGGGCGUUAAAUACGAUUGUGUGUGACCAUUAGUUUUAGGGCAGUUGCUGUUCUAUACCAUGACAUAAGCAAAAUCAUCAGAAUAAUAUGAAAAAGGGCUAUUUCUGCAAAGAUCCUUGGUGCAUUUCCGUCGAUAAGAACCGCGGUAUUCUUCUUCCCGUCAGCCCUAUGUGUCAACCGCGCUGCUGAAGGGAGCGAGAAAGACCAUUUGAGCGAGUGUGUGUGCGUGUGUGAGAGAGAGUUUGUGUGCAAAGUGCGAACGAACAAACACAGUAACAGCAGCAGCUGCAGUGGUAGUGUUUUGCCAGCAACAUCCGAAACCACGGCACCAGGCAUCAUCGUUCAAAACAUCAACAAUGACAACGGCAAGUGAUGAGCCAGAUCCAAAGAUGUCACGGCUGCUGAAGCUUGCACAAAAGUUCAACUGUUUCUAUCUGAACGGUUUCAUGAAAGGCGACUGCCGCCCGUUCGUUGUUGAUGGCCACCAAGUGGGACUGGUCAGCCAGAAUGUGAUCGAGCAGCUGCUCAAAUAUCCUGAAGUAUUUCACAUCCGAGCUCCGGAACAUGGCAAGCAGAAAAUUGUCGAACUGAAUCCGGCCUUUCGGGAUUACAAUACACGCUCGCAGCAGGUCGACCGGAUACUGCGCGAAUUCCGCAAGCAAGGCAUGUUUGUUGCAUUGAAAGGUUGGCGUGAUGAAUGUUACGAUGUCAAGUCGUCCACUGGCUCUCUGCUCAAGAUGGACCGCUCGGCAACGUGUUUGUUCGGUGUGCGCAACUACGGCGUCGAGAUAAACGGGUACGUACGUCACCCAACGAAGGGUCUCUGCAUUUGGCUGCAGCAACGUUCCGAUACGAAGCAGACGUGGCCCGGCAAAUGGGACAACAUGGUGAGCGGUGGGCUGGCGGUCGGUUAUGGUGUGCUGGAAACGGCCAUCAAGGAAGCGGCCGAGGAGGCCUCGAUACCAGGGCACUUGAUAAAAAAUCUCGUGUCAGCCGGUUGCGUGUCGUUCUUCUUCGAAAGUGAACGUGGUCUCUUUCCUAACACGGAGUUCGUGUACGAUCUCGAACUGCCCGAAGACUUUGUGCCUGAUAAUUCGGAUGGUGAGGUGCAGAACUUUCAACUUCUACCGGCCCACGAAUGUCUCGAGCGGGUGUUUAUGCCCGACUUCAAAACCACCAGCUGUCCGGUGGUGAUCGAUUUUCUCAUCCGCCAUGGUAUUAUUACGCCGGAAAAUGAGUCAAAUUUCACGCAGGUCAUCGAGUUGCUGCACGUUCCGCUGCAGAGCUUGUACACCUAUCGUACGACGCCAAACGAUGGAGCGGCCAAUAAUGCCUAUGUGACUACAGCGGCAACAACAACAACAACAAACCAACGAGAUCUCAGUAGCAGCAACAAUAAAAACAGUAUCGAAAAUGGUAAGCUCUAAUCAACUUACGACGACCUCGGGAACCUAUUAGUAAGCCGUGAGAUAAAAUGUGCUAGGACGUAACCAUAAUGCAUCAACGAGAAUGAAGACAUGCGCUUCAAGCGCAUACGUGUUUUUAACACCAGAAGUAGCAAGUGUUGCAUAUAUAUAUACAUUCGUCGGGUGGGGAAAGGAAUAUGUAUAACAACAAAAAAAGGAAAAGGAAAACAUGUUUUGCAACAUGAAGAAGCGCAUGAAAACGCAACAUGAAAAAUGGAAAAUUCGGAAAAGCAAAGUUAGCAAUGUCGCUCACAUGCGUUUUAUGUUACAGCAAAAGUAAGACAGCACAGUCUAAGUUUAGCUUAGCUGCGUGCGUUAUAGCGUUGUUCUUAAAACAACAUUAAUAAUCGUAUAAAAUCAAGCAAAGGCUGAUGAUGAAAAGGGCAAAGGAGUUUUAACAAUUAAUAAUCUAGAUGAGGCGUAUAAAGGCAGAAAAGCUAAACGUAUGGGGAGAGUCGCCUUUUGAUGUUUUCAUUUGUAUUUUAUUUGCCUGUUUUCAGUUUAAUGAUUAUGUCAGAAGUAAUUGUUUUUUUGUUUAAUUAUUGCAGCAUACAAUGCUUAUCGAUGAAUAGUGACUAAAACAAUCGUAAUAAACACAUUCAUAGGUUAAUUAAUAGUAGUGCGGACAGCAAUUAAAAAAGAAACAAAUAUACCAAAAUUCAACAUGUUCAAAUACUUCCAGACUAACACAAAUCACAUUCUAAAAGCAAGUUUAUGUACCAUAAAAAACAGCAACCUUUAGUUGAAAAUUAGACAUCACAUGGAAAGGGAACUAUAAUGUCCUUUCGUUCAAACUAACAUAUUGACAAUGUGUUCCAUUGCUGAUUAAGUUAAGAAUUUGCCACACAAAGGUAACCCAACGCAAGAUAUGAACAGAAGAAUCAUAAAGUUAACUGAUUACUGAACACAUUUAGAGAAGUACAGCAAACUUUUAAUAAUUACAUCUGCCAAAACCCCAACAACAAGCAAUCAACUAGCUGGAUUAAUACACAUGAACACAAUCGUACGAACAGUCUCUUCUACCAAAUUCUUCGGUAUUAAGCCCUCCCUGACAAAACACGCACCACAAUAACAACUCUUGCAUAAUGCACCGCGUGUUUUGAUUGUACAUUUACCGUAUUUAUCUGUUUUUUGUUUGUUUAGAAAAA